AUGUAUAAACUACAUAAUGGUCGUAAAGCACCUAUUGUAAAGGCCUAUGUAGCAGUAUUUAUUUGCCUAGUUACAAAGGACAUUCACCUGGAGCUGGUUUCUGACCUAAGUUCUGAUGCAUUCUUAGCUGCAUUAGACAGAUUCGUUGCAAGAAGAGGACUUUGCGGACACAUUCAUAGUGACAAUGGCACUAACUUUCAAGGAGCUGCUAAAAAACUUGGCGAAAUUUACAAAUUGGUAAAGAGUUUUGAAUUUAAUACUAAUGUUUCGAACUUUUUGUCUUCUAAAGGUGUACAAUGGCAUUUUAUACCGCCUUCUGCACCACACUUUGGAGGAGCUUGGGAAUCCACUGUGAAAAGUAUGAAGUAUCAUCUUAAGAGAACUAUUGGUCAAGCUACUUUAAAUUAUGAGGAAUUAACUACACUGUUAACAAGAAUUGAAGCACUAUUGAAUUCUAGACCAUUGGUGCAAGCUGACUCCGAUGGUCUACCCUAUAUUAAUUCUGGUCAUUUUUUAGUUGGCAGACCUUUGAAUGCUCUACCUGAAGUUGAUGUCAGCCACCUAAAGACGUCUACUCUUUCUAAAUGGCGAUUAAUUCAACAGUUAUCGCAAUAUUUUUGGUCACGAUGGUCUAAUGAUUAUCUUCUGUCACUUCAACCUAGGAAAAAGUGGCAGACAGAAAAAUGCAAUUUGAUAAAAGAUGAUGUCGUUUUACUACGAGAUGAGAACUUGCCUCCCGCAUGCUGGAAACUUGGUCGAGUGAUAGAAACUCAUGCUGGUUCAGACGGCUUAGUCAGAGUGGCUACUAUAAAGACUGAAACAUCCACAUUUAAACGUCCGAUUACUAAAUUAUAUCCCUUACCAAAAGAAGAUUGA